AGCGCAGGGACAGCACAGGGAAGCAGCGCUUUAACCCGGGGCCGAGGCCCGGAGGCACGGCGCUACCUCGCCCUCUCCUCGGGGCGCAGACCCGGGGGGCUGGGGAGCCCCGGGCGAGCCCUCCGGUAGAUGGCACGCUGGGGCCUGGCGAAGCUCGCUGCGGUGAUGGAGAGAAAUCUGACACUGCCAGACACUCCCUCAGAAUAGCCAGGGGCCGAGCAGGGAACCAGGAAAUACGCGCUCCUCCGCUCCCCCGGCCAGACGGCACUGCCGCUUCAUGGAGCGGGGAGCGGCAUGGGCAAUCUCUGCAGCUGCGGGCGAGCCUGGAAGUGUCCUUCGCCUUUUAAAAGAAAGAAGGAAAAGCAAGGAACUAGAGUGAGACAUGAGAGCCAGCAGCACCAGCAUGGCAGGAAGGCUCCGAUGUACGAAGAUGUCCCGGAGUUUCCUGUCUAUGCCACCGUGAACAAGCCCAAGAGCGUGAAGCAGGACGACAGCAUUCAUUACGCAGACAUCCAGGUGUUCACCAAGGCCCGGGAGCGCUCUGCAGAGGAGGUGAAGAACCUGCAGAUGCAGAAUGCCACAGAGUACGCCACCCUCAACUUCCCCAGGCCCAGGCUGAAAUACGACAGCAAGAACGGGACCCUGGUGUAAGAGGCUUGAUGGUGCCCUCCUCCUUCAGCCGCGAAAGAAUUUCACAGGUUUAGAGAUGCUGUAGACCCAAGCCGGGCUCACGGACAGAUCAAGUCUCCCUGAGAAGGUGCAGAGAGGCUGUGUCUUCCACCUGCAUUUGGCUUUGGAGGACACAGACAUACUUAUCCUCACGUGAGGAAUAGCUCUAUCUGGUUCUGCUGGCAAAAGACACCUCUCCUCUUCGGAAAACCUGGGUCGCCUCUGAAGCUAGCAACCCAUCUGCUCUGGGCUCCGUGAGAAGGCAGAACUGCUCUGCAGUUGAUGAAGGCUAAAGCCGCAGCCCAGAGCUGCAGGGAGAAGGUUUCUGCUGUAACUGAGGUCUCCCGGAGUGCUGCUCUGCAGGCAGACUUGGGAACACAGCAAACAGGAUUAGAUCCUGGGAUAAGAGAUAUGUUGCCACUGGAUUUUAUGUCAAUGCUAAGAAAAUUCUGCAACGUGCUACGGAAAAUGACAUGUGGAUGAUACUGUGAGGAAAUGGCAUGAGACCUCUAACGGUGUCUGCCACAGUGUCUUCCUCCAACACCAGCCACUGCACACUGCAGGCCUCAAGCGCUAGCUGCACCCCCUUUGCUCAAAAAACAGUGUUUUGUGGCCAUGCACAGCACUCUAGGACCAAGACCAGAAAGGCAGAACUGGCUGAGGGGUACAGAACGAUUGCUUUUGCUGAAGGGCUGCUCAGAUAGGCAUCCUUCCCCUAGAGCCUGUGGUAGCAAGCAGCGUGCUCUUGGCUCUGAUCGGAAAAGAAACAAGGAAAAUUCAUGAUUUACCUUUAAGGCAGACAUUUAAAAGCCAUUGCCAACAUUUAGAGGUAGUUAUCCAGUCCUUAGAGUACAGUAGCUGUUUGCAUGCCUGUGACACUGGGAAUGAAUCCCAGCCAACUCCAGUGAGGGCUUUGGUGUUUUUCUCCACCUUUUUCUUCUAAUUUUGUAUUAGCAGCCCUAGUUAUAAAGCCCUGGAACACAGAGCUCAUGCCAUGUGUUUUUUUCCUGCCAACCCUCCCAGAUAUACAUUUGGGAAUGUCUUUAUGGAUUUAAAAUAGCGUUAGUAAUGCAGUAGAGCAACCUUCCAAGAGGCUUCUGCCGCUGGACUGAAUUUGCGACGCUGCCGGCUGAGCAGGGCUCCCAAGCAGUCUCUUCAGGCACUAAAUCGAUGCUCAGCACAUUCUGCUCCUAGGUGAUGGUCCAAAUAGGUCUAAAUGCAGAAUGUGGGAUGACCUGUUUAUUGCCGGUGUUUAAAAAUGGGCAUCCUGCUACAUUUUAUAAACGUACAUCAUUUUGCAUGUUAUGGCUGAGCUGAAUGUAAAAAACCUGAAGCAGCUCCUGCCCCUUACAGACAGCUAGGCUGGCCCAGGCAGUGUUUGCUAGCAUGGAAGUGUUCAGAGGACCAAGCCCAGCAUCUUUCUACCUAAACAGCUCUUUUUGCCCACGUUCUCCAGCAGACCUCAGCGGGACUGUCAUAAAGCCAGAGUAAGGUUUGCAGGGCAAGGCCCUUUAUUUAUAAUAGACACAGUAUUACGUUAUCGGAAGGGCUAGUUCUCCCUGGUGCCAAGGACUCUUCCUGCUCCUCAAAUCCCUGCCCGCACUCUGUGCCCGGCAUGACGCCCUGCCCUUUGGACCAAGCAGGACCGGACGGGCGCAGGCUUUAAUUGCAAGCAUGCGUCGGAGGGGCACGUGGGAGCUCCAUCCUGCCGGCCCGGCGGUACGAAGACUGGAAAGAGGCCCUGGUUUCAGGUCUAGCCCAGCCUUCCUCAGCAUAGCAAGGAACAGGUUUAUUACCCUGAGUUUUUUAUAGGCGUUAUUAAGCACAGAUUAUGAUUUAGCAGGCGGGUGGUGUUUUACAAGGUACAGAAUCCAGACGGUCACUUUUAAGGACAAUUUAAGCGAAACAGCCCGUUCCCGCAGCGGCAUGCACAGCGAGGGCCCUUCGACGGUACGAAGCUCGUCUCCCCCAGGAAGAGAGCUGGCGCUGGGGACAGAAAGCUGCAGACACUGAGGUCCGGCUCCGGGGUCCGGCGUGGCCCGAAAUUUGCACACCCAUGCAGUUACACCAGUCUUGCAGCGAGUGUAGAUACGAACAGGGCUCGGCUCGGAGGAGCUCGCUUUCUGGGCACGUCACUAGUUUUAUUGAUCUGCGGAUUAAUUGAGUCCUUGGCUCCUUUCUGCUCUGUGCUAGCGGGAGCCGCAGCACCAGCUGCCCUUAGCGAGCUCCUCGGAGCCUGCCGGGCGGGUUACCUCGGCUCCCUGGCACAGCGCAUCCCGGAGAUCACCAACGCUCUGCGCAGCAACGGGAAAAACACCAUGGUUGUGCCGGUGUAACAGGCCUGGAGUGGGUACGGCGUGACAGGCGCACGCGCGGGAAUCACAGGCUUCUCCGAAGGCCUGGUUUGGCACUGGACAUUAACAGACUCUGCGAGCGCAUCGCCUGCGCUCCCCGGGACUGUCACGCUGAGGGGUUACACCAGCCUUAACCCACCACGUGCUCCCUGACGUCAAAGAUUUAAUUUUAGUUUUAACUAAUAAAUUUGCACUUUUUCGCGCGGUCGCCCGGGUGGCUCGGGCCGGCUGUCCACACUCGCGCACCGCUUUCUUUUCUCUUUUCUUUUCUUUCUUUUCUUUUUCUUUUGUUUCUUUUCUUUUUUUAUUUUCUUUUUUCUUUUCUUUUUUCUUUUUUCUUUGUCUUUUCUUUUUUCUUUUCUUUUUUCUUUUUUCUUUGUCUUUUUUUCUUUUUUCUUCUCUUUUUUCUUUGUCUUUUCUUUUUUCUUUUCUUUUUUCUUUUUUCUUUUCUUUUUCUUUCUUUUCUCUUUUCUUUUUUCUUCUCCCUUCCCUUCCCAUCCCUUCCCCUCCCCUCCCCUCUCCUCUCCUCUCUUUUCCCAUGUGCAUGAAGGAAAUUUCUCCCUGCCUGCUGCAGGAAAAACGUGAAGCCACUACUCACUGGCAAUGGAAUUGUUUUUUAUUUGGGAAUCGACUGUGCUCGGAAGCAACCUGGGGGAAUUAAACCGCCCGUACCGCGAGGGGACGCAAGCCGCGGCCGUCCGCCUUUGGCCGCCUGCGGGUCUGACCCACGGGGCAGCGGCCGGGCAGCGGCCCCCGGCAAUAAAGGUGUUUGUAAGAGGGGGGUCACCCCGGCAAUAA